UUCAAUUGUGUGGGGAGUAUGGCAUCCACGCUUCCCCACCAAACAUCUAUACAACCAACCAAUCUAUCUCUUCCUUCCUUCCUUCAGUUAUCUCUUUUUCAUCCAACAAAACAUGGCUCUCCAAACGCCACUCAGGCCACCAACCACCGCCACAUCUCCGGCGAUCGGCACCAAUGUGGGCCUACGCCGCCCAGUCAAACUCCUACCUCUGCAGUCAUCAUACUCUCUCUCACCAUCCCUUCAACUAUUGCUUCCACGUCACCGGCCUUCAACUGCACCCAAGUUUGCUAUGCGGGCUGCUUCUAAACAAGCUUACAUUUGCCGCGACUGCGGGUACAUUUAUAAUGAUAAAACUCCAUUUGAGAAGCUUCCUGAUAAAUACUUCUGCCCAGUUUGUGGUGCCCCAAAAAGAAGGUUCAGGGAAUACACACCUGCUGUGACCAAAAAUGCUAAUUCAACAGAUGUUAGAAAGGCCCGAAAAGCUGAACUCCAGAGAGAUGAAGCCGUCGGGAAAGCAUUGCCAAUUGCAAUUGCGGUUGGAGUUGUCGCACUUGCUGGCUUGUACUUCUACCUCAACAACACUUUCUAGAAGUUUUGCCAGAAACAAGUGUGCAAAUCUGAUUUCAGUUUUGUAGGUUCCGAUUGUUCGAUAUCUCAUUUAAUUCUGUAUAAUCUGUUUGUCAUCCAGAAAAUUUAUAUGAUCAAGCAUGUACCCAUUUUUAAGCAAGUUUAAAGUAAUAUAAUCAAAGCAAGAUGUAUCUUUUUAUUC